GUGAGUGUGUUUUCUGACUAGCCGAAAUGGCGGCCUGGAGCGUCGAGUAACUUUAUCGCACAAUAAUAAACAGAACAAUAUAUGGAGGGUUAAACAACAUAACAUGGGAACGAACUUCACGGUUAUGUUUCCAAGGCUCUAGUCGGGACACAUUGUUUUAGCCACUACGUUUGAAAAGAGUUAAAAGACUGAUUAUGGAGGAUCAUCAUACACGGUACAGCAAACGUUUGCGCACAGGCACGCGUCGCCGCUAUCAGGAUGAUGGGAUCUCAGAUGAUGAAAUUGAAGGCAAACGGAUGUUUGACCUGGAUGAGAAGCUGCAGUGUGAGAGGUUUGGCUCUGAGCUGGUCAAACUUAUGGAGGGUAAAGAUUUCACGUAUGAAUACAUACAGAGGGACGGGCUCCGGGAACCCAUCAUAUUUAGGAAGGCUGAUGGUCUUGGUCUACAGAUGCCUGAUUCUGACUUCAGCGUGAGUGAUGUGAAGUUGUUUGUUGGAAGUCGACGAAUCGUAGACGUGAUGGAUGUAAACACCCAGAAGGGAAUUGAGAUGUCAAUGGCUCAGUGGGGACGCUACUAUGAGACACCACCGUCUGAGCGAGAGAAACUCUACAACGUCAUCAGCCUGGAGUUCAGCCACACGAAACUAGAGAAUCUGGUCAAGCGACCGGCAUCGGUGGACCUUGUAGAUUGGGUGGACAACAUGUGGCCUCGCCAUCUCAAGGAGCGACAGAGAGACUCCACCAAUGCCAUCAUAGACAUGCAUUAUCCCAAAGUCCAGAAGUACUGUCUCAUGAGUGUGCAGGGAUGCUUUACGGACUUUCACAUUGACUUUGGUGGAACUUCAGUCUGGUACCACAUCCUGCGAGGGGCAAAGGUGUUCUGGCUGAUUCCACCCACACCUCAGAAUCUGGACAUGUAUGAAAACUGGGUUUUAUCAGGAAAGCAAGGAGACAUCUUCCUGGGGGACAAGUGUCACGACUGUCAGAGGAUAGAGCUCAAACAGGGCAACACCUUCAUCAUCCCAUCAGGUUGGAUUCAUGCAGUCUACACCCCACAGGACACUCUGGUGUUUGGAGGAAAUUUCCUUCACAGCUUUAACAUCCCCAUGCAGCUCUGCAUCUACAACAUAGAAGACCGUACUCGGGUGCCAGCAAAGUUUCGCUACCCAUUCUACUAUGAGAUGUGCUGGUAUGUCCUGGAGAGGUACCUCUACUGUCUGACCAACAUCUCUCACCUCACGCCUGAGUUCCAAAAAUACUCUCUUGGUAUCGGACUGACCCCCUCUGACUUGGAGAUUAAUGAUGUCUCCAUGGACGAAACUUCAAAUGGGAUCAACAGUGACUCUGAAAAUGAAGUUAAUGUCACCGAAUUGGAAAUAAAGAAAGAAGAAAUCGAAAAACAAAAGCCUCAAGUUAACACACCUCGGCAUUUCCUGACCCCUUUUGAGUUGGAGGGCCUUUGGAACCUUCUAGGGAAGCUGGAGGAGCUUCCUGCCAACAAAAAGUGUGUUCCUGCUGGGAUUCAAAAUGCAGCAGCCCUGCUGGAGGACAUGAAGGAUGUCCUGAGGAAAUGUGCAUCUGACCAAGUUAAGCUAGUCUACACUGGGGAGCCUAUUGUCAAAUGGCCUAAAAGGCCAUCAUGGUACCAGCCUCCUGCUCCCACUCCACCUGCACCUGUUCUUUAUCGUCCUAUGGGCCCGUCCCUCCACAAGUCCCAGAGACCCACCAAAGGAACUUCACUCUCAGCUCUGAGGCGCAGACGAGUCAGGUGCAAACGUUGUGCUGGCUGUCGCAGGAAAGAGUGUGGUGCCUGCCAGUACUGCCAUGACAUGAGGAAGUUUGGUGGGCCUGGGCGCAUGAAGAAGGGCUGCAUGAUGCGGCAGUGUUUAACACCUGCCUUGCCGAACACAGCCCGGUGUGCCGUGUGUGGAGAGGGGGAGUUUGAUGAAUCAAAUCCGAGCACUCACUCUCUCAUGGAGUGCACAGUCUGUUCACAGAUUGUGCAUCGACAGUGUGUGAAGGAACCUGGUGAUGGGAAGAUCAAUGAGGACUUACCCAGCUGCUGGGAGUGUCCUAAAUGUUACCAGGGCAAAGACUCUGCAUCAGAGUCUUCUAGUGAUGAGGACAGUGGAGAUUCAGAUGGAUCAACGUUUUCGCCACAGUCCAAGCUCGCUUACCAGGAAGGUAACUGUGCAGGUGACGGGGUGAAACGAGGGAAACGUAGUCGGCCUCAAGGCCGACAGACAGCACCACCACCUUCACAGAAACUGCUGCUGCAGCAUCAACAGAAUCGCAAAAGAGAGAACGCACUGGAGUACCGGCUAAAGAAGAGGAUAAAACUGGAGAGAAGUAAACUUUUGAGGAAGCAGGCGUCUCUAGAUCGCUCUCCUAGGAUGCUCAGCUCCAGGCUGCUGUCUCGUCUGCACUCCCCAAGCAGCAGAUUGUCUCAGAGCAGAGGCCGGGGCUUCACCUGGGCUAGUAGGUCAUCUUACAGCAGCAUUUCUGGACCGACCGGGUCCGUCCAGAAGCAUCUGGUGCUCGAGCCCAGAGGAGAACCCCGCAGAGGGAGGGGAAGAGGUGUGAGGCUCCGGGGAGGGGGAGCAGGGCGAGGCUUCAGAGACGGAGCAAGCCGUGCAGAGCUGGAUGAAGACAGUGAGGACAGCAGCAGCAGCAGCACCAACAAUAGCAGCAGCAGCAGUGAUGAGGAGGAUCAGAGUGGGGUGACCAAUGGGAGAGGAGGAGAUAAAGAGAAUCGGCCCCAGUCGAGGCGAAAAGAACAAUCGGCUAAAGAACGAGAUGAUGAUGGGAGUGAGAUGGGUAACCAAAGUGGUGCAGAGGAGGAGGAGGAGGAAGAGAUGGAGCGGGAUGUUCCAAAAGUGGAAAAGGAUGGCUCGUUUCUUAAAGUGACUCUUCAGAGACCACCCAGAGCCAAACAGGACUGUUCAGCCAUUGUCCCCAAAUUAGAGGCCGUUGCUCCUCAGAAUGCCCCAUCUACAGUCCACAGCCAGAGCAGACCCCUCAUCAGACCCCCUAUUAGGAAUUCUGGUCCUUGUCCAGAUCAGCACUCAAACAGACACACGCCUCCACACACACGGAGCAGACACACAGACUCUCGUACUUCCCACCCAGAGAGACUUGAGUCAUCAAAAAUAGCUUUCUUUAAUAGACCGGCUAAACUGAGCAACGGAGCGUCAUCUUCAGGAUCUGAGCUUCAUCACCUCCGCGUCCCUCUGUCUGCCCUGCAGGAAGGAGGCACCGAGGCAGACAGGGAGAGCGCAGGGGGCGGCCCGACUUGUGAGAGGGAGGUCUGGGUGUCUGUCUUCCGCUACUUGAGUCGAGCAGAUCUGUGCAUCUGUAUGGCUGUCUGCAAGAACUGGUACAAAUGGUGUUUAGACAAGAGGCUUUGGUCACGAAUUGACCUGAGCAUCAAGCACACCGUUACUCCUCAGGCCCUCACCGGUAUCAUUAAGAGACAGCCGGUCACACUCAACCUCUCCUGGACAAACAUCUCCAAAAAACAGCUCAGCUGGCUUGUUGGCCGCCUCCCAGGGCUGAAGGAUCUGAUGCUGGCAGGUUGUUCCUGGUCAUCGAUUUCAGCUCUCUGCUCCACUGGCUGCCCUCUCCUCCGAUCUCUGGACUUGCGUUAUGCAGAUGGGGUCAGAGACUCACAAGUCAGAGACUUAGUCACUCCUCUGGGUGAGUACAGAGCAGCUUCACCAGGUGUUCUUUACACCAUCCUAAAAUGGAACUGUUCUGCUCCAGGUUGUGACAAUCGCAGUCCGCUGAGGAACAUGCAGUGUUUGCGACUAGCAGGAUUGGACAUCAGUGACUCCACUCUGCGCCUGGUGAUCCGCCACAUGCCCCAUUUAACCAAACUAGAUCUCUCCCACUGCAACACCCUCACCGACCACUCAGUCAACCUGCUGACUGCAGUCGGCUCGUCCACCCGAAACACACUGGCGGAACUCAAGCUUGGAGGCAGCAGUAAACUGACAGACGCAUGUCUGAAAUAUCUUCGCCGCCUCUCGUGCAUCUCACUGCUGGACCUGCGAGGCUGCAAAGGCAUUUCUAGAAAGGCCUGUGAGGCCUUGAUCUCUGAGCUGUCAGUAAACACACUCUAUUGCCUGUCGGACGAAAAACUGAUCCAGCGGAUAUCCUAGUCGCCUAGUGGGGACGCUGCAGGAGGGGUGAGGACUGAUCUGAGGGGAUUGCUCACUUGACUGUUGUUGAGAAAAGAUGUUACGCCCAGAACGAUGCAUCUUAUUUUUUGUGUAUCUACAGAGACUCAGGAGCCUUUUUUAUUUUUGCUAUCAUCAAUAACUUUGUGUGGGAAAAGCAAAUCAUUUUUUUUUUUAUUUGAUCAAGAGAACAAUAACUAGCCAGAUUAGACUUGUGUUCUGUGAAUGACCACCUCCUAUGUUUUGGACAGUCCUUCUUUCCAGCUCAAGCUUUUGCAUCCUUGGGAUCUAAUUGUGUUCUAGAAUGAUCUUUCCAUUUGGCUGAUCCGUCAUUUAUGUUCUGCCUUGCUACACUUUUGAACUUACUUCAGCUACAUGUGGGUGCUUCGAGUAGAUAACUUAUCUAUUUUUAGUCGGGGAGAAAGUUUUAAGUGAAAUACCACACACACACACACACACACACACACACACACAGCAGUUUUGCUUUGAGAUUUUUGAAAGGCGGCUAAAAGUGGGGAGAUUUAUGCAGCUCUGUUGGAAUGACCAGAUGUAGAUUUGGCUUUGGAAGUCUUCUGUUGCUCCAGUACUUCAUUGGGUUUAUAUGAUAAUAUACAUUGUUGAUGCAUAAAAGUGUACAAAGUUUAUGUGAGUAGGCAAUCAUCGAAGCAGCAAGACCUCACUGUCCCCAGAGAAGAUGCAGGUUGUGACAGGAAAAGGUGUGGGAUAAAUGGUGCAUUUCCAAACAGUUUAACUUCAGGUGCUAUUAUUAUUAUUUCUUUGUUGUUUUUUGUACAGGCACUUAAAAGUAAAACAUACUCUAGAUUAAACUCCUCUCUGUCCCUCUUUGAUACAUUUUUUAAUUCAUAAAAAUGUGAUACUCUACUUUGACCUGUCCAGUUCAGUGUGAAAGAUGUAAACUUUUAUUUUUGGGGGGUUUGCUCAUUUCUUUAGUUUCCGUCAAGUGUUCCGAUUCUCCUCCCAGACUACUCUUCUGGCUCUAUCCCUAAAAAUUAAUAUACGUAUAUAAAUAUUUUGUGUAAAUGUGCAUUUUGUUUCUCCUUAGAUUAUAAAGAUGGGAAUCCUGUAGCAUUGUAAUUAUUUUGAGAGGCGUUUUUCACUUAAUGUCGUGUUAUUUUUCAAGAAAAAUAAAAAAUGUCAAACACU